AUGUUUAAACUCAAUAAUAUUAUCAGUGCAGUAAUUUUUAUUAAAAUUUUUGGCAAUUCUUCGGAAAAUGAGUGUAAUACCAGUCAAAUAAUUUUGUCCUAUGCACCAAUUAAUGAUAGCCAUCAGAUCAGAGGUCAGAUUGUUAUUUAUUGGUUCUUAGAAGACUUCAAGCUAGGUGACAGUCUCGUUCUUUAUCAUGAUACAAAAGACUUAUUUUUUGCAUACUUUCCAACAAACCGUAAUGGUUUUGUCCAAACGGGAAUAGCACCAGUAGACGCGAGGUACUCGAUAGAGUCGAUGUACAUCGAUCAAUGUACAGGUUAUCACGUAGCUUGGUUUAGGAAUUUUAAAAAGCUUAUGUUGACAUGUUUGUCAUCUCAUGCGAACUGGAUGUAUGAUAACAGAAAAAUAAUUGAAAAUAUGACUCUUGCUCAGCUAUUUAUACCAGGAACGCAUAACUCGGGAUCUUACAGAUACGAAUUACCUCCGACAAUUUUAGAUCGAUAUACAGUAACACAAGAAAAGAGCGUUAUGGACCAAUUACUCACCGGAAUACGUUACUUGGACAUAAGACCAUGUAUUGUUGAUAAUAAAUACUGGGUUUGUCAUGGAACUUUCGCUAUGCAGCCUCUCGACGAAAUCUUUACAGAGAUUAAAGAUUUUUUGGACAACACUAUGGAAAUUGUUAUCAUCCACUUUAAAGAAUUUCCUCGAGUUACUCAAACUUUCUGA